AAGUCUGGAUCGAUCGUGUUCACUGUUCCAUUUUUUAUUAAUAAUAAUAAUAAUUUUCACUCUUUUCAUUUUUUUUCUAUUAUUAUUUUUUACCAUAAUUUUAAUUACAUUUUCGGACUGUUUAUCGACACCUUAUCUCUGUGUGUGUGCGUGUGUGUUUUUCGUCUGUCUCUGCCCUUAGUCUGUACGUAUGCAGCGUAUAAUAUCACAUAUUCGCUGUUUGCAUUAUCGAAAACGGAUGACGAAUCGGUUUUCAACGGAAUCGGCCGUCCGGUAAUAUAUAAUAAUAAUAAUACAGAAUAAAAAUAUGCAAUAAUAAAACGCUAUCCGUAACACUGACAGCGACGAAGAAGUCGUCUGCCUAUUCUGUCGUUAUCUUACGUAGUAGGUACGCGUUAUCGAUUUCGAGAGACGACUAUGCCGAGGAAAAUAAAGCGUUUGGGUCUGCUUUGGAAAACAUCGUCGCAAAUACUAUAAUAUGUAUAAAAUUUUCAUUAUACAUUAAUAUUUUAAAAAUAUUUUGAUAACAUACCAUAUAAAAAUGCCUGCGAUUCCAAGGCCAGGAAGUUUAAAAGAUCCUGAAAUAGCUGAACUUUUUGAUAAAGAAGAUCCGGAUAAAAUAUUUGAAGACUUAAGAGAAAUUGGUCACGGAAGUUUUGGUGCUGUGUAUUAUGCAAGAUGUUCAGAGAGCAAAGAGAUAGUUGCCAUAAAAAAAAUGUCCUACUUAGGAAAACAAAGUAUGGAUAAAUGGCAAGACAUACUAAAAGAAAUAAGGUUUUUAAGACAUCUGAAACAUCCAAACACGAUACAAUACAGGGGAUGUUUUUUAAGAGAUCACACAGCAUGGUUGGUGAUGGAAUAUUGUCUGGGUUCAGCCUCAGAUAUUAUUGAAGUACACAAAAGACCUUUAAUGGAAGAAGAAAUUGCUGCUAUUUGUGAUGGGGUUUUGAGAGGUCUCAAUUAUCUUCAUUCUUUAGGCCGUAUACAUCGAGAUGUAAAAGCUGGAAACAUUUUACUAACAGAAAAUGGCACAGUAAAACUUGCUGAUUUUGGGUCUGCCAGUACAAAAUGUCCAGCUAACAGUUUUGUCGGUACUCCUUAUUGGAUGGCACCUGAAGUUAUAUUAGCUAUGGAUGAAGGGCAAUAUGAUGGAAAAGUUGAUGUUUGGUCACUGGGUAUAACAUGUAUUGAAUUAGCUGAAAGAAAACCUCCAUAUUUUAACAUGAAUGCAAUGAGUGCACUUUAUCAUAUUGCACAGAAUGAUACUCCUACCUUACAAUCAUCUGAAUGGUCAGACUCAUUCCGAUAUUUUGUUGAAUUGUGUUUACAAAAAAAUCCUAGUGAGCGCCCAUCGUCAUCUAAACUUUUACAACAUCAGUUAAUAACUCGCUCAAGAUCAUCUCAUGUUUUAAUUGAUCUUAUACAAAGAACAAAAGCUGCUGUUCGUGAUUUAGAUAAUCUCAAUUAUAGAAAAAUGAAAAAAAUUCUUAUGGUCGAUUCUUAUGAAACUGAGAGUAAUGUUGGCGACAAUGAUGACAAUGCUGAUGAACAUACAGGCGGAGAGAGCAGCAAGAGUAAUAGUAUAACUUCAGAACAUUCAAUACAGUCAAUUGGUGUCAGCGCUUCAUCGCACAGUAGUUCCACCAAUAGUACGCCGAAUAUGAAUGAAAUAACUAAUAUGAGCACAAACGACCACUAUCCAACAGCUAGAAAUCGCCACAAACCAUCUAGUAAUAAUUCUAAUUCUAUUGUAUCCAAUGAUCAUGUGGCUAUUGGAGUUCCCAAUAAUUUUGCAACAAUUCGAACAACUUCUAUAGUCACAAAACAACAAAAAGAACAUAUGCAAGAAGAAAUGCAUGAACAAAUGUCUGGCUACAAACGAAUGAGAAGAGAACACCAGGGUGCAUUAUUAAAACUUGAAGAUAGAUGUAAACUUGAAAUGGAAAGUCAUAAACAGCUCUUGGAUAAAGAAUAUGAAACUUUAUUGCAACAAUUUAGCAAGGAACUAGAAAAAUUACAAAUUAAACAUCAACAAGAAUUAGAAAAGAAGAUGAAACAAAAUGUUGCUGCUGAAAAGAAAAUAAUGAAAGAAAUUACUAAUAAACAAGAAGCUGACCGCAAAGCAUUUGAUACUCAACGAAAAAAAGAUUAUAAAACCAGUAAAGAACGAUGGAAACGUGAGUUAUUAUUGGAUGAAUCCACACCUAAGCGACAAAAAGAUGCUGCUUUACAAUCUCAAAAAGAAAAUCUUAAACAAAUGGAAGCUCAAGAAGAACACAGACUAAUUCGAGGUCAAAAAGACUAUUUGGAACUUGAAAUUAGAAAAUUUCGUAGAAAAAGGCUGAAUCAAUACCAUUUGUAUGAACAAGGAUUACUAAGAGAAGAACUUGGAAAAAGACAACAACAGUUGGAAACUGCUCAUUCUAUGUUAUUACGACAUCAUGAAGAUACUAGAAACCUUGAAACAAGACAACAGAGAGCUGUCCAUGCCUUACGAGCUGAUCAAGUAACUAGACAACAUGAAACUGAAUUACAGCACCAACAUGAUUAUUGUGCUCGUGCUCAUCGUGAUUUGCGGAAGAGACAUGCAAUGCAACUUCGACAACAACCUAAAAGUCUCAAACACAAAGAAAUGCAAAUUCGUAAACAAUUUAGAGAAACAUGCAAAACUCAAACACGACAGUACAAAGUAUUAAAAGCUCAAGUACUGGCAACUACAACCAAAGAAGAACAAAAAACUGUAAUAAAAAAACUAAAGGAAGAACAACGAAGAAAGUUAGCAUUGCUUGGAGAACAAUAUGAACAAAGCAUUUCUGAAAUGUUACAAAAACAAUCUAUACGACUUGACGAAUCACAAGAAGUUGAGUGUCAUGUGCUUAAAGAACGUUUAAGAUAUGAACUUGAAAUAUUAAUGGCAUAUCAAUCAAAGAAUAAGAUGCAAGCAGAUGCUCAAAGAAAUCGUGAGAAAAAAGAAUUAGAGGAUCGUAUUUCAGUUCGAAGAUCAUUACUUGAGCAAAAGAUGGAAAUGGAAACAAAACAAUUUCUGCAAGAGCGCGGGGAACGUAUUCGUCUCCUUCGUGAAAAACAAGAGAGAGAACUAGAACAAUUUGAUGAAGAGUCAGCCCGUUUAGGCUUUAGUGCCUUAGCGAUUGCCGAAGCAUCAAGUCUUGAACAAGAUAGUUUGUCUGGCAGUGUGCUUAGCCUAGCGCGCAGCAACAGUACUAACUCAUUUCAUGAUGGAAAUCUAUAGCCUCACAUGUUUCUUUGUAAAUAAUUUUACUAUCUACCCUUUCUAACAGCUUUUUAAUAUUUACACAUAUCAAAUAGUAGACAAAUUUCUCAUUUAAAUUUGAUUCUACUUAAAUAUUUUUUAUCAUAUUCAGUAUUAGAAAGCUUAAUUAACGGAUUAAAAUUAACAUAUUUUCUUGAAAACAAAUUAAUGAUAAUAGCAUUGUAUAAUACCAUAACAUUUUAUUUGUAUAAUAAAUUAUAAUUACCUAUUGUAAUCCCAUGAUACAUUUUGUAGACAUUGUUUCCUUUUGUAAUUAAAUAACGAAAAAUGUGAACAAAAUGAUUUACUUUAUAUAUAUUUAUAUAUAUUAUUAUUAUUAUUAUUAUUAUUAUUGUAACGUUUUUAUUAUGUACAUAUAUCUAUUAUAGUAAGUUAAAAAUAUUUAAAUGUAUGUGUUGAAUGUA